AACAGGAAGUACAAGAAGAAGAAGAAGAAGAAGUAGCUGCAUAAGGGAAGUGUCGCAGAGUGUUCAGCUUAAUUCUGUGGCGCUGCGUAGAUGUCAACCUGGGUUUUUAUCCGCUAAUCAGAAGAAACAGAUUUCAUUGUAUUUUUUAACUAUAUAAACGUCACAGAAUGGCCACUGAUUCGGGCUACGGUGGCUCACAAAGUUAUGGGUCAUAUGGCGGGCAGCAGAGUGGACAGGGUUAUGGACAAGGAAAUGGCAGUGGCGCUGGCUCUUAUGGGGGGCAGAGUUACAGUGGCUAUGGACAGCAAGGUGUGGCAACACAAGACGGUUAUGGCCAAGCUCCCCAACAGAGCUUUGAUAAUUAUGGACAGGAACCAUCUGGGUAUGGCGAUAAGUUGUCGUCAACAUCGUCUUCUUACGGCCAUCAAGGUUCCUAUGGUAGCCAGGGUCAAGGAGGAGACAGCUAUGGACAGCAAAGCUCUUUUGGUGGGCAAGGAGGUGGUGGCAGCGGAGGCAGCUAUGGAAGAUGGAGCGAAGGUGAAGGAGGUGUUCAGGGUGGGAGGUAUGGACGUGACCAAGGAGACCGUAACGAAGGAGGAGGAGGGGGCUACAGAGGCAGAGGCCGUGGCGGCUAUGAACGUGGUGGAUAUGACCGUGGUGGAUAUGACCGCAGUGGUGGAUUUGACCGUGGUGGAAGAGGUGGACCUCCUGGUAUGGGAGGUGGUGACCGUGGUGGCUACAAAAAUUACGGUGGCUCCAGAGACUUCGACUCAAGGGAUGAACCAGCUGGUGAGCAGGACAACUCUGACAACAACACCAUUUUUGUCCAGGGACUGGGAGAAGAUGCCACAGUUCAGGAAGUCGGUGACUUCUUUAAGCAAAUUGGUAUCAUCAAGUUGAACAAGAAGACCGGCCUGCCAAUGAUCAACAUCUACUCUGACAAGGCCACUGGUCAGCCAAAGGGAGAAUGCACAGUGUCAUUUGAUGACCCGCCCUCUGCCAAAGCGGCUAUUGACUGGUUUGAUGGCAAGGAGUUCAAUGGCAGACCCAUCAAAGUAUCAUUUGCCACCCGCAGAGCUGAGUUCACACAGAGAGGAGGAGCAGCAGGAGGAGGUGGACGAGGGGGACGAGGAGGUUUCAGAGGUCGUGGUGCUGGUGGUGGUGGAGGAGGAGGACCCAGCUUUGACAUUAAGGGAGGAGACUGGCCCUGUCCCAACAGCUCUUGUGGCAACAUGAACUUUGCACGGCGGCAAGAGUGUAACAAGUGUGGCGCUCCCAAACCAGGAGAUGGAGGAGGAGGAUUUGGAGAUCGUGGAGGCAGAGGCGGUUAUGGCGGAGACAGAGGUGGUGGCUUUAGAGGUCGUGGAGGUUUCCGCGGGGGAGAUCGUGGAGGAGACCGUGGGGGAGACCGUGGAGGCUACGGUGGAGGAUUCGGAGGGGGUUACAAAAUGGGAGCAAGAGGUGAUCGUAGAGAUGACAGAAGAGAGCGGCCAUACUAAGUGUCCAGCAGAUGGAAACCAUUCCAGCCCUUGAGUUUGCCAUGGAGGGAGGAUUUAGUUUGGGAAAACUGAGGGGGAAAGGACCAGGGAUCAGACAUCCUGAUCUGUGCACCUUUUUGUUUUGUAGCCAGUGCAUCCCAACUUUUACUGCUCAUCUGUGCGAGGGACAGAUGUGUUGAGCUACUGUUGAGGGACUUUGGGGCUGAUUGGCACUCUUCGCAUGUGGUCAAAAGUUUAUUAUUUUUUUCUCUGCUUUUGUUUUUUUUUCUUUGUACAUCUUUUUAAUUUUUCUGAUUCUAGCUGCAGAUGUUUUUGUGAAGUAGACAUCGUACCAUUGUUUUGUAUGAACGGAUUAAAUGUUUUUUUUUUUUUUUU